AAUUUCAUUUUGACAUUUGAUUUAGGUUGAUAGAAAUUUGUCAAAUAUCAUCAACAACAAAGAUUUUUAGGAUUUAAAGACCGCAAAAAGACUAAAGAAGAAAUAUUAAAAGACUUUAAAGUGUGUAUCAAGUUUAUUACCAACACAGUUUUAAGUGAUGGCAUUAUCCAAUCUUUAGUUUUACAAAUAAACAAUAAUCUAAGCAUGAAGAUCCUAUUUAGAAGCAAACGAUUAUGUUUAACAUUUAUCAAUAAAAAUUAUAGCACGGCACCCAAAUCAUUAGCAACUGUGCAUAUAAACGGGAAGGAUUAUCGUACGGAUGAUUACACAAAUAUAACACCGAAGAUAUCGUCGUAUAUAAAUAGAAAUUUACACCUGAAAAAAGACAAUCCACUUUCUUUGGUUCGCCAACGUAUAGUUAAUUAUUUCUAUGGCUCAUUCAGAUAUGCAGGCAAUCCUAUGUUCAGCGUCUACGAUAAUUUAUCUCCUAUAGUAACAACUCGCCAAAAUUUCGACGAUCUACUCAUACCGGAAGACCAUCCAAGUAGAGCCAGAUCUGAUUGUUAUUACAUCAAUUCUUCUACAUUGUUACGAGCUCAUAUGACAGCACAUCAAAGCGAGUUGCUUAGGGCAGGUCUGGAUAAUUUUCUGAUGAUUGGAGAUGUUUACAGGCGUGAUGAGAUAGAUUCCACUCAUUUUCCAGUGUUUCAUCAAGUAGAUGCAGUAAGACUACAACGCAAAGAACAUCUGUUUGAAAACCAUCCUGACUUAGACAUAUUUGAACCAACCUUUGAUCCAACCAAUCCAAAUGCAUUCAAAAAUUCUAUCUCCGACCCAUCUAAGCAGAGCUGCCACACUUUAGAAGCAACAAAACUAAUGGAGGCACAAUUGAAAAACCACCUUAUUGGCAUGGUCAGGGUUCUCUUUGGCGAGGAUAUAAAAUACAGAUGGGUUGAUGCAUACUUUCCCUUUACACAUCCCUCGUGGGAAUUAGAAAUUUAUUAUGACAACAAUUGGAUGGAGGUUCUAGGAUGUGGUAUAAUGCGGAAUGAGAUUCUUGCAAACGCAGGCCCUAACAAUAGCAUAGCAUAUGCAUUUGGAUUGGGCUUAGAAAGGCUUGCAAUGGCGUUAUAUAAGAUACCUGAUAUACGGUUAAUGUGGAGUACUGACCCAGGAUUUUUGAGCCAGUUUCAGAACAAGGAUGUGAAUGCGUGUAUUGAAUACAAGCCAGUAUCAAUUUAUCCGCACUGUACAAAUGAUUUGUCUUUCUGGUUGCCACCAACAUUGACGAUAGAUACUUUUAUGAGCAAUGAUUUUUACGAUCUAGUUAGAGAAAUUGGAGGGGAUGUCAUUGAACAGGUAAAACUAAAGGACAAGUUCGUCCAUCCAAAGACAAAAAAGCACAGCUUAUGUUAUAGCAUCGUGUACCGCCACCUGGAGCGUACUUUGACUCAAGCGGAAGUUAAUAAAAUACACGAAGAAAUAUCUUCGGCGGCGGUGAAUGCAUUUAAUGUCACCAUUAGAUAAUGUUAUUUACCUAGUUAAAUAAACUUGUUAAGUUUGUGUAGUUUAAAUAAAUAAACGAAGUU